AUGACGUCCCAGAUUAGCAGACUCGAUGAACUUGAAAUGCAAUUCAAAUCGGUGGUGGAAGAAAUGAAAGUGCUUAGACAUGACAUAUUGAAUAGCCAAAUCAAUGAGUACGAAUAUGACAAGCAAGAGCUUAGCGAAAAGGUGUCCUUUCUUCAGCCUAUAAUUAAUCUUGUGGAACAGCCCUCAGCGAGGGAAUUGUAUAUUGGUCAAUCAGCUGUUAUUUCUAAAGUUCAAGCUAUAAGAAAAAUCUUAACAAAUGAUCAUGAUCUUGAAAUUGCAAGAAACCCUUUAAUGAAAGCCAAAUACAGCGAAAUAUCCGAACAAGACUACAAUCAAAAACCAUCCAAGCGGUUGGAAGAAAUUUUCCUACAAUGUUAUCUAUCAUUCUCAAGGCAUAGGUAUCAUUUCAUAGAGAAAGAUAGAUUGAUGGAUAUCUUCAAUAAAGACCAAACUGAACGAACCGACUGGGAGUUAUUCGUUACCAACAUAAUUCUUGCAAACGGUUGUCGAAUAUCAGAGCUAUGUAAAUUGACUACACAAUUCUCUCCUAAAUAUUAUUUCGAUCGGGCUUUGAAAAUAUUGGGGAAUUUGCAAUCCAUAACUUCCAUGCAACAAAUUCAAAUUUCAAUGUUAUUGGCCUUGUAUUUGAAUUAUGCAUACGACUAUUUAGAUCCUUAUAUAAUGAAUGUGUGGGAAUUAUCUGGAUUGGCUGUCCGAAAAAUGAUUCAGUUAGGCUAUCAUAAGAAAAAACUACCAACAUUGAAGAAUUGUUUACAGGUAGAACUAGAGAAGAGGCUUUUUUGGUCAGUUUAUGCAUUUGAUAAAUUGUUGAGUUUGUCCUUGGGAAGACCAUCAACUUUGAAUGAUAUUGAGCUUGACAUACCAUUCCCUUUAAGUCUAGAGAUUGUGGGAGAUGAUGCUAAUUAUAUUUUCAACUUACAGAAUCAACAGCUUGCAAAUGAAUUGAAUUUAAACUUACCAGUCACUACCAUCACAUAUUUGGUAGAGACUUGUAGAAUAAGACAAAUAGAGAGUAAGAUCAACAUAUUGGUAUACAACAAGCAGAUUCAGACAGCUGAAGAAUUUGACCUGAUAAACCAACUAUUGGAAAAUUGGGUCAAUGCAUUACCUUCUAGAAAAGAAUUCAAUGAGGGUUUGAAUAACGAAGUUCCAUUCGAUUACAUGAUUCUUCUAUAUCACAGAGCAAAAUUGUUUUUGUUGUUACCUAAGUUGACUAAUAUCAAUAGCCUUGAACCUGGUGCAAGACAGUCCAUAAUCUUGUCAACUUUGAAAUCUGCGGGGGGGAUUUGUAAAUCGUUUCAAAGGAUCCAGAAGGAUGCAAUUUUCGGGUACAGUAUAUUUUCCUUACAUACUAUAUUUCUUGCGGGUGUUACCCUAGUGUAUUGUGUAUGGUCUUUGGGAAAUCCAGCCAAUAUCAAAGCACAUAAUGAUAUAAUUGCAUGCUCCAAUUUGCUUUAUUCGUUUGCGGAACGUACCAAUGAAGCCGAGACCUACAGAUUCCUAUAUGAAAAUUUGACAGAAACAAUUCUAUAUAACAGCGAACCUGCUUUUGAAAAUAAAGACACAACUGACACUUUCAAUGCAGCGAAUGAUAUUGAGAAUUUGUUAUCGGACAGCUUGAUACCAGAUAACAAAUUUUUCAACUUCACCUUCAACGAGGAUUUUUGGAAGCGUUUGGAUUUUGGAUAA